UCAUUCUCUGAAGAGACUUCAUUAGAUAUUUUCACUAAUGGGAUAACCAAAGGAUGAAGACCAGCUCAGCUCUUCAGCGAGACCAUCAUCUAUUGUUCUCUGAACAGUAAACCACUAUUUCACACUGAGGUUGUUAGCUGCCGUUGUAGUCCAAGUCCUGGCUCCUCAUGAAUAUGAAGUGAAGCCCUCUGACCCAGAAAGUGGCAGGUUCCAAGCAGGGAAAAAAUGGGGUCUUGGAAGUGUGGAGGCUGCCUAAGUUGUCUGCUGAUUCCUCUUGCACUUUGGAGUAUCAUUGUGAAUAUAUUAUUAUAUUUCCCAAAUGGGCAAACUUUCUAUGCAUCCAGCAAUAAACUCACCAACUACGUGUGGUAUUUUGAAGGACUCUGUUUCUCAGGAGUAAUGAUGCUUGUAGUAGCUGCAGUUCUCCUUGUCCUGGAUAAUAAAUAUAAAUGUUGCCAGAGUGAAAACUGCAGCAGAAAGUACAUGACACUGCUGUCGUUUAUCUUUUCUGCCCUUGGAAUUGCUUUCUCUGGAUACUGCCUGGUCAUGUCUGCUUUGGGUCUUGUCCAGGGCCCAUACUGCCGCACCCAGGAUGGCUGGCACUAUGCAUUUGAAGGCACUGCAGGACGUUUCCUUACAAACUCCAGUCUGUGGACCUGGUGUCUGGAACCUGCACACGUGGUGGAAUGGAAUGCCAUUUUGUUUUCUAUUCUCAUAACCCUCAGCGGGCUUCAAGUGAUCGUCUGCCUCAUCAGAGUGGUCAUUCAAUUAUCAAAGAUGCUGUGUGGCACCUACUCAGUCAUCCUCCAGCCUGGAAUCAUUUGAGUAAGGACAAGAAUGUUUCCAUUCUGAAGAUAUGAGCAACUAUCUAAGUCUUAUAUCCACUGUAUACACCGGAGAGCAAUUUUCCAACGACAGAGUUUUAUAGAUUUAGUGUAUGUUGUGAUAAUUUUGAAAUGUAUAGUCCUCACUGGACAUGCCAGUUGUGCUACCUUUUCAUUUAGAAUUUUUUUCAAAGUUAUAUGUGCCAGGAACUUCAGAAAUGUUCAUACCCUUUGAUCAAAUAAACCUAUUUCAAGAAUCUAUGAUAUGGAAACAAGAAUGUGAAAUAAAGCUUCACGUAAAUCUGUAUAAAUGCUAAUAAUAACAUUAAUCAUUAAUAGCCAAAGUCUAACUUGAGGUGAAGGACUAAAGAGUGGUUCCUUAGGUAUGAAAUUAUAUGGUAAUUACAAAUGAUAUUUUAGAAAUUAAUAAUGUAACAUAAAAGGCAAUUUAGAAAGCUAUGUAUAA